AUGCUUUCUCGUCACUCAUCUCAAUCACAAAUGAAAUUCAUCUCUUGUAUCAGCGCUCUCUUGGCCCUUUUACUGACUCAAUAUGUGGUCUAUACGCAAGCCGGCUUGGCUCCAACCAAGCAUUAUGAUGAAUGCGAUUGUUUCGUCUACCGCGGCGGUGCUAUCUGCCCUGGAUCUACCUUUCAAUUUGAAAGCCAAGGCAAGCAUGGCUAUUGUAAGGAAAAGAGACUGGAUGAAAAUGGCAAAUGCAAAUGCUAUGAUUGCGACUCUUGCUAUUUGAUCAACUUAUUUGACUAUCGCUAG